AUGGAAAGCUGCAGCCCGAGGCUCCUUGGCAGCGCUGGACUGCGCUGGGCAGAACGCAACUACUAUUGCCGCAGGCAAGCCAAGGAGUCCGCUUGUUCUUCUGGGCGAAGUUAUAUUCGAUGUAACGAGUCCCUCUCCCUUAACCUCCCAUACCAGGGCAAACAAUUUGCAAACAACCCCAGAACGAAUGGCUACUGCUUACAGCGCCUGGUCAGGGGCUGGUACUGGUCGGGCGUGAAGCUGGGCACAUACCGUUUCUGUGAAUUCAGGGCAUCUGCUGGACAGACCUGUCUGUCCCGGGAAUUGAAGUCUCCGGGGUGGACUCUGGGAGAGAAGUUUAAUGGAUGUGGAAAACAAGUUCAGGAGCUGUGGAUUAAAUGGGGUGACAAUACCAAUAUACUAUGCUCUGAGAACCUGGCCACCCUGGAGCACUAUGUGGAGACCCAGGCCAAGGAGAAUGCAUAUGACCUGGAAGCCAACUUGGCCAUGCUCAAGCUGUACCAGUUCAACCAGGCCCUCUUCCAGACUGUAGUGACAGCCCAGAUUCUGCUGAAGGCCCUCAGCAAUCUCCCCAACAUGGACUUCACCCUGUGCAAGUGCAUGAUUGACCAGGUUCCUCAAGAAGAGUGGCCCAUCAGCCAGUUCCCAUACUUGGGAGACUUGCUGGAAUCAUUUGCAAACUUUCUGGCAUGCCCUAGAGAUGAGAAUAUGGAUCUCGUUCUCCUUAAUGGCAUCACAGGCUUUGAAGACUCCAUUUGAAAAUUUAACCAGCUGAAAGUAUGGAUGAGCAAAUAUGGCUGGAGCUCCAAUGAGACAGGACAGGUCUUUGUUUGCAGUCAAGAAGAGAGUAUCAAGUCCAAGAACAUUGUGGAAAAGAUCAACUUUGAGAGCGUUUCCAGCAUCAUGGCCUCCUCCCAGUAA